UGAAAGGGUGAAGCACGCGGCGUGCAACGUGGUGCAGCGUGCAGCUGCGCCUCGACGGUAAAAGGCAACACAGCAAAAUCGUUCUUUCACCGCGAGUCCGCCAUACAAGCCGAGGCCUUUCUUUAGUGAAGAAGGAAAUCGGCAAACAUCCAAAAUGGUGAACUUUUCAGUAGACGAAAUCCGUGUCAUGAUGGACAAAAAGAAGAACAUCCGAAACAUGUCCGUCAUCGCACACGUCGACCACGGAAAGUCGACGUUGACGGACUCUCUGGUGUCCAAGGCGGGCAUCAUCGCCAGCGCAAAGGCUGGUGAGACCCGCUUCACCGACACCCGUAAGGACGAGCAAGAACGAUGCAUCACCAUUAAGUCAACCGCCAUUUCCAUGUAUUUCGAGUUGGAGGACAAGGAUUUGGUUUUCAUCACCAACCCCGACCAACGUGACAAGGCUGAGAAGGGUUUCCUUAUCAACCUGAUUGACUCUCCUGGACACGUUGACUUCUCUAGCGAGGUCACAGCCGCCCUUCGUGUAACAGACGGUGCCCUUGUCGUCGUCGAUUGCGUCUCUGGUGUGUGCGUACAGACAGAGACUGUGCUGCGCCAGGCCAUUGCCGAGCGCAUCAAGCCCGUCCUUUUCAUGAACAAGAUGGACCGCGCCCUGCUCGAGUUGCAGUUGGAACAGGAGGAACUUUUCCAGACCUUCCAGCGCAUUGUGGAAAACGUGAACGUCAUCAUCGCCACCUACAGCGACGACGAAGGACCAAUGGGUGUUGUCCGAGUCGAUACCUCCAAGGGAAGUGUGGGCUUCGGCUCUGGUCUUCACGGAUGGGCCUUCACCCUGAAGCAGUUCUCCGAAAUGUAUGCCGAGAAGUUCAAGAUUGACGUUGUGAAGCUGAUGAACCGCCUUUGGGGUGAGAACUUCUUCAACCCCAAGACCAAGAAGUGGGCCAAGCAGAAGGAGGACGACAACAAACGCUCCUUCUGUAUGUAUGUCCUGGACCCUAUUUACAAGGUCUUCGACGCCAUCAUGAACUACAAGAAAGAGGAAACUACUGACCUGCUCAAGAAACUCAACAUUGAGCUCAAGCACGAAGACUCUGACAAGGAUGGAAAGGCUCUGCUGAAGGUGGUCAUGCGCACCUGGUUGCCCGCUGGCGAGGCUCUGCUUCAGAUGAUUGCCAUCCACCUGCCUUCACCUGUUGUUGCCCAGAAGUACCGUAUGGAGAUGUUGUAUGAGGGACCACUCGAUGAUGAAGCCGCCGUCGCUGUCAAGAACUGCGACCCUGACGGUCCUCUGAUGAUGUACAUUUCCAAGAUGGUGCCAACCACUGACAAGGGCCGCUUCUACGCUUUCGGUCGUGUCUUCUCUGGCAAGGUGGCCACUGGCAUGAAGGCCCGCAUCAUGGGCCCCAACUACACCCCUGGCAAGAAGGAGGAUCUUUACGAGAAGGCCAUCCAGCGCACCAUCCUCAUGAUGGGACGUUACGUCGAGUCCAUCGAGGACGUGCCCUGCGGCAACAUCUGCGGUCUUGUUGGUGUGGAUCAGUUCCUUGUCAAGACUGGAACCAUCUCCACCUUCAAGGAUGCCCACAACAUGCGUGUCAUGAAGUUCAGUGUCUCCCCUGUCGUGCGUGUGGCUGUUGAGCCCAAGAACCCUGCUGACCUGCCCAAGCUUGUGGAAGGUCUUAAGCGUUUGGCCAAGUCAGAUCCCAUGGUGCAGUGUCUCAUUGAGGAGUCUGGUGAGCACAUCAUUGCUGGUGCCGGUGAGUUGCACUUGGAAAUCUGUCUGAAGGACUUGGAAGAGGACCACGCUUGCGUUCCCAUCAAGAAGUCAGACCCUGUCGUGUCUUACCGUGAAACCGUCGCGGAGGAGUCGAACCAGAUGUGUCUGUCAAAGUCUCCCAACAAGCACAACCGUCUGUUUAUGAAGGCCGUGCCCAUGCCUGAUGGUCUUCCCGAGGACAUUGACAAGGGUGAGGUCAACCCCAGAGACGACUUCAAGGUUCGCGGCCGCUACCUUUGCGACAAAUACGAGUACGACAUCACCGAGGCUCGUAAGAUCUGGUGUUUCGGUCCUGACGGCACCGGCCCCAACAUCCUCAUUGACUGCACCAAGGGUGUGCAGUACCUGAACGAAAUCAAGGAUUCCGUUGUUGCUGGCUUCCAGUGGGCCACAAAGGAGGGUGUCCUUGCUGAAGAAAACUUGCGUGGUGUGCGUUUCAACAUUUAUGAUGUUACUCUGCAUGCUGACGCCAUCCAUCGUGGUGGUGGCCAGAUCAUUCCCACAACUCGCCGUUGCCUCUAUGCCUGUCUUCUGACUGCAGCUCCUCGCCUCAUGGAGCCUGUGUACCUGUGCGAAGUCCAGUGUCCCGAAGUUGCUGUUGGAGGUAUUUAUGGUGUCCUGAACAGGCGUCGUGGUAUUGUCUUUGAGGAGGCGCAAAUUGCGGGCACACCCAUGUUCGUCGUUAAGGCGUACUUGCCUGUCAACGAGUCGUUCGGAUUCACUGCUGACUUGCGCAGCAACACCGGCGGUCAGGCCUUCCCCCAGAGCGUGUUUGACCACUGGCAGAUCAUGCCUGGAGACCCAACAGAGCCCAGCAGCAGGACAUACACCAUUGUCCAAGACACCCGCAAGAGGAAGGGCCUGAAGGAAGGACUUCCCGACCUCACACAAUACUUGGACAAGCUGUAAACUCAACCCUUUUUUAAUUAGGCCAUUAAAAAAUUAUGAAAAUUAUAAUCAUUAAUUAUUAUUAUUUUCCAAUAAUCGUUCAUUUUUCCAAUUAAUGAGAUGAACUUUGUGAAGGGUUUCAUUUUUUAACUCUUAUUCAAUGUCGGACUCGAAAGAAGUGAAUCAUUCACAUGCAUUAAGUUAUGAUUAUGUUUGAAAUUGAAAGCAUCUGGCCCGUGGGAAGCUGUUGAAUACGCAAACAACUUAAUUUUCUACUGUUAAUUCUGUUCUAAGGGAGGAACUGAGCUGCAAUUGUCAUUGUGUAAAUGGCAUUGAUUAAUAAAAUGACAAAAGAAAUG